GGCGGGGAUUGAUGGGCGCAGCUGCGGCGGCGGAGGGGAGAGGAGCCGCGCGGGUCCCGCCGCUGCCGAUCUACGAAGGUCUUCAGAAGAGAAAGAACUGCUAGUGAACAAGAGAGUAGCUCCAGAAGUAAAGGAGAGUCAACAAGGAGUUGAGUUUUGCAGUUCAAACUUCUAAACAACCGGGAUGUGGCUCAUUUGAGAGGAACGAGAAGUCCCCGUUCGUUGGGAUGGAGGAGCGCUGGGAGACACAAUGGCAGCAGUUCCUCAAGACACUGCAACCGGUUCACCCAGGAGGUGACAAGUCCAAGAUGUCGGAAGCUUCUCCCUGGGAAGACCCCAAGGUCUUCCUGGCCUCCUUCGAGCAGGUGGCCCAAGCCUGUCAGUGGCCCAGAGAAGAGUGGGUGGCUUGUCUCCUGCCAGCCUUGAGCGGAGGAGCCGAAGUGGCCUUUCAGAAGCUGGAAAUGGGAGAACGGGAGAACUAUGGGAAGGUGAAGGCCGCCAUCUUGAAAGGGGAAGCCACCAAAAUGGAGGCCCGGCGUCAGCGCUUCAGGCAGUUCUCCUGCCAGGAGGUGGAAGAUCCUCGGAUGGUUUACAAGCAGAUCCAGGAACUUUGCCACCAGUGGUUGAAGCCGGAGAGACGCACCAAAGAGCAGAUCUUGGAGCUGCUGAUCCUGGAGCAGUUCCUGGCCAGCCUGCCUUCAAAGCUCCAGAGCUGGGUUCAACCCAGGAGGCCGGACACGUGUUCCCAAGCGGUGGCUCUGGUGGAGGACUUCCUGCGGAGUCAGAAAGGGACCAAAUUGGAAGCAUGUCAGGGGCCACCAAAUGAAGAACCUGCCAAUUUCGAAUGUGCGGAGAAGGAGCCUUUAGAAGCCGUGAAGGGAGAAAAUGUCGAAGUGGAGAUCGGUAUGCUGGAGAGCAGACUGGGAACAGAGAUCAAAACGGAGAAUCGAGGAGAGGAACCGAAAUCAACACGACGGAGAGAUCAAAAGUUUAGUUCUGGGAAUCUGCCAAUAAAAGUAGAAAUGGAAGAAGAAGGUUGCAAGUCAAGAGGGCAGCAGCUGAAGCCCGUCCAUACUUCGCUUCAACAGGAAUUUACUUCUGCUCUUAUUGAUAAGGCCACCACGUGCAAGCAGAGUAAUAUGCCCUUAUUCUCCCAACAUGAUAGAAGAUACCACUAUCAACUGGAACUGAAUCCUGUAUCUUCUAUGGAAAAAUUGGAGCAAUGUCCACAAAGGGUUGAGGACAACUACCAGCAUACUUCCAUGAGGAGUCAAGAGGAGAAACACAUCCGAAGUGAGCAAAGAGUUGAAAUCUCUGAUAAAGGAACAGGGGAUAAUUUGAACGAUCUUGGGAAAACGUGUAAUAAUUCUCCCGAAUAUGAGAAAACCUUGACUAACCCAAACUCACUAAACAGAUUCCCGGUGUGUAAUCCCGAAGAGGAAUGGUACGAGUGCUCCCACUGUGGGAAGGGAUUCAAUAAAGCCAAAUACUGGAAGCAACACCAGAAAAUUCACACCGGGGAGAAGCCGUACAAAUGUUCCCACUGUGGGAAAUGCUUCAACCAGUCGGGCAACCUGAAGACCCAUCAAAGGAUUCACACCGGAGAGAGACCCUACAAAUGUUCCCAGUGCGGGAAAUGCUUCAGUCACACCAACUGUUUGAAGAUGCACCAGAGGAUUCAUACUGGAGAGACCUACAAAUGCACUCAGUGUGGGAAAUGCUUCCGAGAGACGGGAAUCCUGAAGAGGCAUCUAAGGACUCACACUGGAGAAAGGCCAUACACAUGUUCCCAGUGUGGAAAAUGUUUCAGCCUGUCGGGAAUCCUGAAGAGACAUCAACGAACCCACACUGGUGAAAGACCCUACAAAUGUUCUCAGUGUGGAAAGGGCUUCAACCGGUUGGGAACGUUGAAGAAACACCAACGAAUUCACACAGGCGAGAAGCCGUUCAAAUGUUCUCACUGCCAGAAAUGCUUCAACGAGAGAGGAAAUUUGAAGAGGCAUCAGAGAAUCCACGCCAGAGAGAACCUUAAUAUCAUUCAAGAAUUCAUACUUGAAAAUGACCAUAUCAAUGUUAUCAAAGUGGGGAAAGCUUCUAUAGGGCAAGAUGUUUGAGGAAACAUAUGAAAGAGCGCGCUUGUGGGGCACCUAACUGAUGUUCUCAAAAAGCAAAU